AUGACUAAACAGCAAGACGAAAAUGGGCGAUCAAGCAGUAACCCCAUGUUCGAGUCCUUUGGCCUUCCAGGAAGUUUGAAAAUCGGAGGCAAUAGCAGAGGUCCGCAUCCGUCCUCUACUGAGCGCCCUGUACACCAUCCGGAAUGGGAUAUCCAUUCCAACCGCGGCUAUAUUCCUCCUAGAACGAUGAUCAAUGAGCCGCUCCCAGAAAAGCCAUUCCGCAUCAUAUUUCUGGGUGCAGGCGCAGCCGGCAUUGACUUUUUACAUUGGGCCCCCAGGUCGCUGCAAGACUUGAAUGUUAGCCUGGUUUGUUAUGAAAAGAAUGCCGAUAUUGGGGGUACUUGGCUGGAGAAUCGCUAUCCAGGAUGUGCGUGCGAUGUGCCAAGCAUCUCCUAUACCUUCCCAUGGCGGAGUAAUCCAGACUGGUCCCGUUUCUAUUCGUCGUCACGUGAAAUUUGGCAGUAUAUGCGCCGCAUUGUGGACGAGGAAGGAAUGAUGGAUUACAUCCGUUUAUCCCACCAAGUUGUAGGAGCGCAAUGGAAUGAUGAAACCAGCAAGUGGUCGGUUACAGUCCGAAAGCUUGAUGAAGCAGAUGGUCACUGCGAGGAGUUCCAAGAUGAGUGCGACCUAUUGCUGAAUGGUGGGGGGUUUUUAAACUCGUGGAGAUGGCCAGAUAUUCCUGGAAUCCAUACCUUCACGGGCAAUCUUUUCCACUCCGCGAAUUAUGACGAGAGUUAUGAUUUGAAAGGGAAGAGAGUUGCAGUUAUUGGCAAUGGAAGUUCUGGCAUUCAAGUCGUGGCGGAAGCCUAUAAAGAUGCCACAAAGCUUUAUACCUGGGCUCGUAGCCCAACGUGGAUAAUUGCGGCAAUUGGACAGAAGAAGGGCAGCAAGGAAGGCCAAAACUUUGAAUAUGAAAAAAUAUUCACUUUGCCUGUCCUGAUGCUAGAUACCGACGAGCAGAAAGCAGAAUUUCAUCGGGAUCCUGAGAAAUACCAUCGCUAUCAUAAAUCCAUUGAGAACAGUUUGAAUAAUAGGUUCCGGACCCUUCUAAGAGACACUGCUGAAUCUGACGAGGUUAAUGCGUUUGCAUACACAGAAAUGCGUCAUAAAUUGGCAGCACAUCCUGAAAUUAUGGAAACACUUAUGCCAAAGGACUUCAGCGUGAAUUGCCGCCGACCCACCCCUGGUAAUGGGUAUCUAGAGGCGCUGUCAGGCUCGAAGACAACUGUCCUACCUGGAAAUAUUCGACAAAUUACUCCCACUGGAAUUGUGGACAUGUAUGGGAACGAACAUGAUGUUGACGUCAUCAUAUGCGCUACAGGAUUUGAUACUUCGUUCAGACCGCGAUUUCCCAUUGUUGGGUUGGAUCCUGAAGUACCUCUUGCAGAGAAAUGGGCUACCUUUCCUUCCAGCUAUCUCGGGGUCAGCGUGGACGGCUUCCCGAACUAUUUUACCUAUGGAGGGCCUUUUACUCCUGUAGCGCAAGGAACAGUCCUCCCUAUACUGACCCUGUUAACGCAUCAUUUCUUGGAGAUCAUAAAGACAAUGAGAAAGCAGCAUAUUCGGCGACUAAGUCCUAGGGCUGAUGCAGUCCGGGACUUUUCUGAGCAUGCUGAAGCCUACCUUCCACGAACCACUUGGGCUGACCCAUGCAACAGUUGGUACAAGAUGGGUACGAAAGACUCUAAGAAGCUUGUGAUGUGGCCGGGAUCUCGCUUAUCUUAUUUCGAAAUUCUCGAGCACCCUAUGCUGCAAGACUAUGACUUUGAAUAUUGGAAUGGGAAUCGAUGGGGAUUCAUGGGUAAUGGCUUUGUGGACUGGGAGUUUUCCGGAACAAGAGAUCUUACUUGGUACCUGGAUAAAUUCUCGGAAAAUUCCAAUUUCAUCAAGGGCGUGCCAAUGAAAGAUCCAGUUGAGUUCCAGGGUGUGGCUGACGGUCAGGUUCCAUGA